GUCUGUUUUUAACUUCAUUCUCAGCUCAGCGAUUUCUUUGCAUUCUGCUUUCUGAUUGGUUAUUCAGGCGGAAAUACUAUUAGGGUAAAUCCCGGAACUGUCAACGUUCUGUAGUUUCAGACGUUUUUGAGUCAGGAGUGAGUCAUCUUGUGCAACAGACGAUCUUCGGGCGUGAGCCUGCUGUAGAAGUGCGAUCCGACUGAUACGUCACAGUCUGCCGUUGGUCCGGUUCAGCUCCAGUUCAGCUGCUGUGACCCACCGGUUCUCCCCGCGAACACUCGGAACCGAACCUCGUAUCCAGUCCGGACCAACCGGGCCGCAGAAACUGUCCGAGCCGGGUUUCACUUUCUGGCCGAGUUGAAGCCGAGAGGAGCCGAACCGGGGAGGGACCGCUGCCGUUAACGUUGGUGACGUCGGUCAGCCUGAGCUCGGCGCGCCGCCUGUUUGUCCGGGACUGAACGGAACCGAUCCGGACCGGGAGCCCCGCGCUGAUGGAGAGGAAGAAGACGGACUGUCCGGCGCUGCCGCCCGGCUGGAAGAAGGAGGAAGUGAUCAGGAAGUCCGGGCUGAGCGCCGGAAAGAGCGACGUUUACUACUACAGUCCGACAGGGAAAAAGUUUCGGAGCAAGCCGCAGCUGGCCCGUUACCUCGGCAACGCCGUGGACCUGGCCUGCUUCGACUUCCGGACCGGAAAGAUGAUGCCCGGAAAACUGCAAAACAAGCAGCGGUUCCGACACGACGCUCAGAACCUGGCCAAGGGAGGCAAACCGGACCUGAACACGGCUCUGCCCAUCAGACAGACGGCGUCCAUCUUCAAACAGCCCGUUACCAAGGUUACCAGUCACCCCGGAAACAAGGUGAAGACGGACCUGCAGCGAGCCGUGGAGCCGCCGAGGCAGGUGAUCUGGGAGAAGCGUCUGACGGGUCUGCGGUCGUCAGACAUCACAGAGCAGGUUCUGCGCAGCAUGGACCUGCCCAAAGGCCUGCAGGGCAUCGGGCCGGACUCCGGCGACGACGUCCUGCUGUCGGCCAUCGCCAGCGCCCUGCACAUGAGCUCGGCGCCGAUCACGGGCCAGACGUCGGCGGCGGCCGAGAAGAACCCGGCCAUCUGGCUGAACACGACCCAGCCGCUCUGCAAGACCUUCACCGUGACGGACGAGCAGAUCCGGGAUCAGGAGCUGAAGGUGUUCCAGGCCCGGCGCAGCCUGGAGGAGGCGCUGACAGCCGACGGCCUGGCCAGAGCCGCCGAAAACUCCCGGGAACUGCUGCAGGGAAAGACGGCCUAAAGACGGACAGGGUCUUCCUGUCCGCCAUCCUCAGGGUUUCCUCCUCAACCAAAUCCAGAUUCAAACCCGGCCAGAACCAGGUCCACUUCCUCCAGCCUUCCUCAGGUCCCUCAGCUCAGGAAAAACCGUUUCUACGCCUGGAUCCAGAGCAGCUCAGAUGGAUCCAAACCAGCAACCAAAGCCUUCAACCUGCCUCCCCGGUGGCUCCGCCUCCCCAGUGGCUCCGCCUCCCCAGUGGCGCCUC